AGUAGUAAAGACAUCAAUAAAACAGUCGACGUGACUACAGUGGUUCAACCUUAAUGGGGUCUAAUGCUAUUUCAUGCAUUCUGAGAGUUAUUAUUAUUAUUAUUCUCAUGCUAAACAUGGCCAACGUUUCAAAAAAUGAGUUGGACUGAGAUUUCUUACAGGUUUCGGACAGUUUUUUUCGAGUAGGCUCUGUACGAUUAUUACCUAAUAAAGGGCGGAAUUCCUUAUACGGGCACUUCUUCCGGAAGAGUGAGAGCAAGCCCAUCAGCGCACUUCAUUCAGCUUUACGGAAGUCGUCAGCAGCCCUGCACAGGACUUGCUCGAAAAAGAUUUGUCACUGUUUUUAGACUAAGAAAUCAACAAUGUCACCAAAGAAGUGUGUUUUUGGUUGUGAGGGAAAGAUAACCUUGGUUCCUGAAGUACCCAGCAUUAAGUGGAGCUGAGAGAUUUGUGCUCUCGCAUUAUCAUUAAAUAUUUAUUUAUUUAUAUUUAUUUGUCAUUAAAAAAACCAUAGAAACCACCUUAACUUAACUAUCAAAAUAAGGAUAAAGUUGAGUCUGAUAAUUGCAAUCGAUUUUUUUAUUGGUUAAAAUGAAUGGUGAAUUCAUAAAUUCAUUAUUCAUCAUUCACUAUACGCUAUAUUAAUUAUAGUGAUUCAAAAGUUAUCCAGGGAUAAUGCGAUGGUGUAUUGUGUGUGUUUAAAUACAAUUGUUUAGCUAAACAUCGAUAGCUGAUCGCUACACAAAAGCUGCGCGUGCUCGUCAAGCUUUGACUUCGCCAACUGCACGCCUCCAGGAGCUCGGCUGUUUUCGGAAAGACUCUGUACAGCGUAUCUGUCUUUUAUAAAUCUGAUCAAACUAAAGACUCUUCGGAGAUAUGAAGGAUGCACUAUUAUUCUAUGGGUACUCAAGAUUAACAUGAGAUUGGCAGAAACUGUGUUAUGUACCCUUUAACGAUGUCUUUACUACCUUUCUGGGCCUUGAAAUUGGUUUUGACAUUGCUGUGUAUAGGGAGUUCAGAAAACUCUCAGAUUUCAUAAAAAAUAUCUUAAUUUGUGUUCUGAAGAUGAUCUUACGAGUUUGGAACAACAUGAGGAUGAGUAACUAAUGACAGAAAUUUUUUGGGUGAACUAACCCUAAGAACAUCUUUUUUUUUUUUUUUUUUUUAUAAAGAAGAAAAUGACAGCUAAUCCCUAAUAGUAAUAUAUGUAGCUAGUGUUAUGUUGUAAUGCGUAAUAUUUGAAACAACCCAAUAAAUUAUUUAAACAUUUUACUUUUCAGGAUUUAAAUUAAGUUGGAGGUUAUUGUAACUAUAAGUGGUUAUUUACAAUGAUUUUUAAGAACAUUCUUUUCAGGAAUUCUUAAGUUUCAUCUUUAGAACAAUCUAAAAAAGAAAAGAACAUGUUUUUGGGAAUCAAAAUAUUCAUAAAUUACAAAGUAAGUUAAGAAAACAGAUAAAAAAAACAGCAGUUAAGAAUAAAUUUAUUCUUAAGAAUGUUUUGCAAAUCUGUCCCCAGGUGUAAAUGCCAAUCUGUCUCUGACAUCUUUUAAUUGAAUUUCUCAAGAUGUCACAGCAGGUGCCUAGGUGUAAAUGAAGUGAAAGAUAUCAGGAGUUGUGGAGACAUAGUAGACGGAGAACUAUAACCAGGACUUAGACCGAGAUUCCAAGGCAACAAGAUCAAGACACCAACACUGAGAUGGUACUGAUCCAGAGAGAGAACUUUGUAAACCCCUGGAGCCAUGGCACCUGCUGUUGGAGGUCCUGUGGGCUACACCCCUCCUGAGGGGGGCUGGGGUUGGGCCGUGGUGGUUGGUGCCUUCAUUUCUAUCGGUUUCUCCUACGCCUUCCCAAAGUCCAUCACUGUGUUCUUCAAGGAAAUUGAAAUGAUCUUCCAAGUCACCAGCAGUCAAGUGUCCUGGAUCUCUUCCAUCAUGCUUGCUGUCAUGUAUGGAGGAGGUCCUGUCAGCAGUAUCCUGGUCAAUAAGUAUGGAAGUCGGCCAAUUAUGAUUUUGGGAGGCUGCCUCUCGGGAGCAGGGCUCGUCGCUGCCUCUUUCUGCAAUACCGUUGAGGGAUUAUACUUCUGUGUCGGUGUUGUGGGAGGUCUGGGACUGGCAUUUAAUCUCAACCCAGCUCUCACAAUGAUCGGAAAAUAUUUCUAUAAGAGACGCCCAAUAGCUAAUGGUAUCGCUAUGGCUGGUAGCCCAGUCUUCUUGUCUACUCUGGCUCCUUUAAACACUUGGUUCUUUGACGAGUUCGGCUGGAGAGGAAGCUUCUUGAUUCUGGGUGGACUUCUGCUUAAUUGUUGUGUAGCUGGAUCACUCAUGAGGCCCAUUGGCCCAAAGCCCCAACCUGCUGUUAAAGCUGCUAACAGUAACAACAGAGCUAGAGAGCAAAAGACCGUGAUGGAGAUCAUCAAUGGUUUUAUCGAUCUGACACUCUUCAAGCAUCGUGGCUUCUUGCUUUACCUUCUGGGGAAUGUGGUCAUGUUCUUCGGCCUCUUCACUCCUCUUGUGUUCCUCAGUAAUUAUGCCAAGAGUAAAGAAAUUCCCAAGGAGAAGGCAGCUUUUCUGCUCUCUAUCCUGGCCUUUGUAGAUAUGGUUGCACGACCUUCAAUGGGAAUAGUCGCCAACACUAAAUGGGUGAGACCAAGGGUGCAAUACUUCUUCGCCGCAUCUAUUCUCCUUAAUGGUGUGUGCCACCUGCUUGCCCCAGUGUCCACAGACUACACAGGAUUUGUGAUUUACGCGAUCUUCUUUGGGUUUGCCUUCGGCUGGCUGAGCUCCGUGCUGUUUGAGACUCUCAUGGAUCUCGUGGGGACUCAGCGUUUCUCUAGUGCUGUAGGACUGGUGACGAUUGUGGAAUGUGCGCCAGUGUUAUUGGGGCCUCCUUUACUAGGGAAAUUCAAUGACAUCUACCAUGACUAUAAGUAUACUUACAUGGCCUGUGGAAUUGUCCUGCUGGUUGGCAGUCUGUUUCUGUUCAUCGGAAUGGGCAUCAACUACAGGCUACUGGAGAAAGAGGCAAAAGAGGAAUCCAAAAGAGCCAAUCUACAGGAGGAACCUGGCAAAGAAGUUGUAGAGGCACUGAAAGUACAGAAUGACAAUACUGCAGAGGAUGCUGUGUGACACUGGCUGUUAUUCUGGGUGAUCCCUAAAUUUCUACACUCACCACAUUGAGGAUCUAGAUACAGACAUACAUGGACUAUUCAUGUUACUGAGACAAUGAUGCAAACAUUUCAGUGCCUUGCGUUUUAUUUUUAGAAUUUAACUUUAGUUUAAAACAUUUGCUAAACAUUUUAGUGUAGGACGAGAAUUGUGGCACAUCUAUUUUGGGGUGUUUUAUGUACGCAGUGAGUGAAAGAUUAAAUCAAUGAAUAUAAAGGAAUUAUUACAAGAAACAAAUGUUGCCUUAUGACAAAAAAGACAUUGGAGUAAUGAAAAAGAGUAUCUGUUGUUAAAUAUUUGCACAAAUGAAACAUAUAACUUGGUAAAUAUUUUCAGUUAACACAUUUUGUCAGUAUCCAUGCACACUCACCAAUGUCUGUUUUAUGUAUUCUUAUGCACGUGUAUGUAUGUGUGUAGCCUAGCACUGUAGUGAUGAAAGAUUGUUUACUUGUUUAAAACUUUGAAAAUGCAACCACUGUUUAUUUAUAGCCUAAUGGUAAUUUGUUCUUCAAAUGCCAAAUAAUUUGCUAUCAGAGACAGAGAAUUUUUUAUAAUUUGUGUUGCAAAACGGUUCAAAUAAAAAUGAUUCUCGUUUAAA